AAGGUCUCCUUGAAGAAUCUCACCAAGUUCAAUGAGGUUCAUGUUGUCUUAGGAAAUGAGGCUUGUGAUCUUGACUCAAUGGUGUCAUCGCUCAUUUAUGCAUUUUCCAUUUUUAAGGUAUGUCUGUUCAUGGAAACAAAUGUAACAAUAAAAUGUUCCUUAUAUAAGGAGAUAAAAUUGGGACCAAAAAUAUUUUUAUUUCUUAAGAAUGAUUUUUCAAAGGAUUAAUGGUUUGUGCAUAAGACAGGUAACCGUAAGCAGUUAAGGAACAGUUCAAACGUUAAUAUUUUUCAUGUACCAAACCUAAUCCCUCCAAUUAAUUACAUCAAACAAUUGACAUUUAAAUCAAUUAAGUCCAACAUAUCUAAUUUGGGUCAACCCCUAAAUUAUGUUUGAGUGGCCCACAUGGGAAUUUGGACUGAGGAGUGACUUGGUUUCAAAUGUCGAACUUUUCAUGUGCCUAACCUAAUGCGUAAAUUACUGUAAUUUAUUACUGGACUGCCUAUGGUACACCCAAUCGUAAUUUCUGUUUUCGGUGUUCUGUGCAGGAAAAUGAACACCUGGAGAAGGGAGGGGGAGGUGGGGAGAGACUUGAGGAUGUUCUCACAACUUGUUUUAAACAAUUUUUCCUUGCACGAAUAUUUUUUGUACCUUGCCCCCCCCCCCCCUCCCAUGAACUUAGGUAAGAAGAUGCCAAACUCUUAAAAAUCUUAAAAACAUUAUUAAGAAGAUUUUUUAAAAUUCAAUUCUAAAGUUUACAGGCAACCAAUUUAAACCACCUAAUAAAGGAGUGAUCUAACAAUAAUUUAUUUACUUUCACUGCAUGUAAGUCUUGCAAACAUGUUCUGUACAGGCUGUAGCUUAUUAAUUUGAUACUCCAGGAGGCCAUAAUUAUAAGUAAUCUGUUUCAGUUUUAUCAUCGUUAGAGUUGACUAUUACUCAUUUACAAAGACAGUGGAUCUCUAAACAAUGUUUGUCCAAAAUUUCAAAUAUCUUGCUAGCAUGCAGUGGUCUGGAAGCACAGAGUCUGCACAACACAGAGCAAUGAUCAGAGAUAUAUCAAUCAAAAAUAGGUCUUCCUUUGAUAAUUAUCAGAAUUGGAUGUGGGUGAUCUAACAUGUUAAGUGAGACACAUCGAUUCCAACAAGUCAACAAAUUUAACAGUAAUUAUCAUACAUGUAUUUCUAACAAUGCUAAGGAAUCUGAUUUUAGUUUUCUUUCUUGCAAGACAUUGUCUAAUAUUCCAGCAAAACAAACAGCUGUUGUUCCUGUAUUCAACAUACCAAGGGAAGAUUUCUGCCUGCGAACAGAAGCAGUGUUCCUAUUCAAACAAUUUCAUCUUGAUCUCGGUUUCUUCACAUUUAUAGAAGAUAUAGAGCUAGAAACCUUGAUGGAAACAAAGAAACUGAAACUCACUUUGGUAGACCAUAAUGUUUUAGCCCAAGCACAGAAAUAUUUGGAGACUACUGUCAUUGAAAUUUUAGGUGAGUGUGUAAGUAAGCUCUGCCCUUUACAAACAGGUUUAGAGAAUUCACUCCUAGUAUCAGUCUGUUUUGAAAGGUUGGUGGUGCUUAUGGUCAGCCUGCUGUACCAUGCAUACAACUAUCUGGCCUAUGUUCAUAACUGUAUCCCAGCAACAUGCAGAGCAUCAGGGGUAGAUCUAGGGGGACGGUGCUGGGGGUGUGCAUCCCCCGUCCCACGAGAUGACCUGUGGCUUUCUAAUACAACUGGUAUUCUGCAAAAAAAUCUGCUGUAUUGUUUGAUAUGUAUUCUCAGCAGUUCACAUUAUGUUAUUGCCUAGUCAAAAGCCUUCUUCUUCAUAUUCCCUUUUAAAAUUUGUUGACCUCACCAGUCAGUUAUGCCAUUCCUUAGUGGUGCACCCCCUGCUACGAAAAAUCCCGGAUCCACCCCUGAGCAUGUUCAACAAGAUUUUACCUGAUUCAUGCAGUCUUUUUCCAGUACACCAAAAUUGAGCAAGCAAAAGAAACACUUUGCUGGCAGGGUGAGAAAGUCUUUAGUUGGUUAUUUCUAGCUAAUAUGUCCAUGAUGUUGUAUGAGUAAGAGGUUAACUUGAGAAUUUUGUUUCUUUUUAUAACAAUAAUAUCUUAACCUGUGUUCAAAUGCACCCUCCCCUCCUUCUCUUUUUUUUUUGAGGGGAGGGGGCGUCUGUACACAAGCUAUGAUAUCUUUCAGACCAUCAUCGAGAUAUGUGGCCAGCUGAACUGAAAGUCAACAAGACUAUUGAGCUAGUGGGAUCCUGCUGUACUCUUGUGGCUGAAAAGCUCUUGGCUGUAGACAUACUGGACAAUAUGAUGUGCAGCCUCUUAUUAGGAACAAUACUUCUAGACACGAUUAAUCUUGAUCCCAGAGCUGGUAAAACAACAGACAAAGACAAACAAAUUGUUAGCAGAUUAAUGGAACGACAUCCAGUCGCAGUGGGUGAAUUGUAUGCAGGUCUCAGUAAAGGUUAGUUCACAAAACUUAGCUGCACAUUGCAGGGUGGAAUGAUAGUAGCUGAUAGUGACUUGUGGAUUCCAAUAGAAGUCAGGAUAACAUUUUGAAGGCUUCUGCCUAGCGUAAUCUCUACCCUCAAUUUGUUUUUAAUGUGAAGGUAUAUUUUCCCCAGCCCAUGUUGCAUACUGUUGCUAUUGUUCAUAUCGUCAAGUUUUGUAGAUCAGUAGUAAACUAAAAAAGUUAUAGAUAUAGAAAUUUUUCCUUUUUUUCUCAUCAUGACCAAUCAGAAGCACUACCAAGAUCUGGGUAGUCACACGUCAUCAGUAUGGAAUUUCUGCGCUCGUUUCUCAGGCAUCAUUUGGUGGGGAAACCAGUGGUAGUGUCGCCAAAUGUUGACUGUUUUCUCAGGUUAUUCUCGUCAAUAAUCUUAUUCUCACAUGUUCACUCCAAUGCAUCUUGCAUCUUAAUGUCUUUCAGCAAGAAGGGAAUGUGAAGGGAGGGGAUUGGGGGUCACGUAUAUUUAACUGAUAUUUUUAUCUUUUUAUGAUAACAUUGUUAAAUCAUUUUAAUAUUUUAUGGAUUUUAUGUUAAUAGAGGGCCACAAGUUCAUCAGUUCUUUUAUAACUGUGAAGUGUUGCCUUCUAAAUAAAGUCUUCACAUCAAAACUUAUUUUCUAGCAAAAUUUGAUGUGUCAGCCAUCUCCACCCCGGAUCUUUUACGGAAAGAUUACAAAGUCUUGCCCAAGAACAGUAGUGAAGCUUUAAGUGUCAGCAUCAGCGCAGUCAGCGGGUUGUCAUUGCAAGAAUUCUUUUCAAGAGCACAAGUUCAACAUCACAUAAUGGAAUAUUGUGAAUCUUCAUGCUUGGAUGUACUGGUUAUAAUGUUUGUCUACUUUGGGGAUGGCUUAAAUGAACCUCCAAGUAAACAGCUUGCUGUGUGUGGUCCAAAUCAAGAUGCUUCUGGACAAAUUGGAGAUUAUUUGUCUACUUCAGCCGAACUUAAAUUAAAGCAAUGCAGUGAAAGUUAUGAGAACUGUCUUGUUUAUGAUCAGGAGAAUGUCAAGGCAACGAGAAAAGAUGUGUUUCCUCUUGUUCAUGCCUUUCUUCAGAAUAAACUCUGACUGCGCAUGCUUACGGCAUACACCCCUCGCACCCAGUGAGUCAAGUUUAUUGGAGAUGUAAUGAAGUCAUAUUUACGCUAGUUUCUAGCAUUUUUAAUGGGAUCAGAGAGAUUAAGAAUCAGUUUUACGGCAGACGUCAAAUUCAAGUUGACAAUUUCUCAAAAUGGAAGAUGGACAGGAAACAAAUGGGCAAAGUAUUAAUUGU